CUAUCCGAUCAAUACACAGAAGUGGAUUUUAGUCAUUUAAAAAGAAAAUUAAAAUGGACGCCAAUUCCUGAUGAUCAGCUGAUUCCCAAGACAACGAAAAUGGCGGACCCAGUAAUACAAACAGCAGAACAACAAAUCACGUGCACAAUUUGCUUUGACAUUUUUGACGAACCGAAAUCGUUGCCAUGCCUACACACGUUUUGCAAGAAAUGUAUCGGUGAUCAUAUUCUUCAUCAUUCUGAAUUUGCACGCCGGAUGGGAUACCACUGUCCAGUUUGCAGAGGAUUCGUUCUCGCUCCGACAGGGAAGGAAUUUUCCCCACAUCUAUGGGUUGAAAGUUUACCAAACAAUCACAACAUUGUAUCAAUGAUUUCCGCAUAUACUACGCCAAGACCCUAUUACCUAAACCCAUGCGCCGUCCAUCCGAACAAAGAACUUGAAUUUUACUGUGUUGAUCAUGAACUGUACAUAUGCUCGUUGUGCUCUUUGCAGCACCGGAAGUGUGACGAGGUUCUUUCACGGGAAGAAGCGGAAGAUCUUCCACGCAAAGUAACUCCUUCAACAGAUAGCACAGAGGAGCGUUACAUAUCCUACUUAUUUGAUCAAUGCAACGAAAUAGAACAUCUAAUGGACAGUAGAAAGGAAAUUAUAAGCCGAAUCGACCAAUCGGAAGAGGAAAUAAAGAGCCGAAUAACUACAACAAGUCGCAAGGCAACCGAUCUCAUAAAAUCACAGGAAGAAAAAGUUAUCAACCAGCUUUCGAAACUCAAAUCGAAGGAGGUGCACAAAAUUGAAUCCGAUAUUCGCAAAUGCCAAAAGGCCAAUGAAAAAUGUAAAAGGUCUCUUCAAAGUCUACAGGAAGCCAGAGAUAAAGAAGACGCGGAAGAUAUGGCAAAUACAUUGGAAAACGUGAAAAAAGAAUACGAAGCCAACAGCAGAAAAAUCCGAGAACUCUCGAGGAAAACGUUCAGAAACACGAUUGACUUCCAAAUUAAUUCGUCAAUAGAAAAUUUCAUAACUGAUUUCCAGUCCUUUGGGAGUGUUGAAUUUAUACGAGACGAUGGAAUACCCCAGACACUAUGUUCUUCAUCAUCUGAAUCUGCUUCUUUGCCAACUCCAAGUCAACGUUGUCCAAGACCAUCCAAGUCAGCUACAAGCAGACGACGAGAUUUUUCACCAAAUUCAUCGUGCCCAUCUUUUGGCGUUGGAGGCGAUCGGGAUGACCGCCCUCGUACAGUGCAGUCUCAACGCAUUCGGUCUGCUUCGUCCGUUGAUUAUGCUGAGACACGUGGGGCCAGCGGUUUUUAUAUAAGUGAGGGAGCACACAUUGAAGUAUCGCAACAAAGUAAACAGCCAUCUUGGAUCACUGGAAUAGCUAUUUUGGAUAACGGCAAUGUGAUAGUUGUUGAUCAUGCCAAUGAAACAGUAUCACUUUACGAUACCACUUAUGUCAAAAUUUCAGAAAUUGUGGUGGCACCGGCUCCUUACGAUACUACGACUAUCUCAAAUACCGAGUUACUUGUGACAAGGCCGGAUAUUGACAAUCUUCUAGCUAUAAAUGUGUAUGGACAAGGAGAAUUAAAGUACGGAGCCUCGUUCCAAACAGGUCUUAAAGCAAAAUCAAUCAGCCAUGACAAUAGUCAUCUAGCCGUCUGCAGCAGCACAAAACUCCAAAUCUACGUUAAGCACAUUGGACGAUGGCGAAAACACGAGGAACAUUCAUUUGAUCGCACGAAAUUCACAUAUGUCGCAAUUGACGGUGUAAAGGAGCGAAUAUUCAUUACGGACCAAAAAUACCCUGAACCGGAACUUCUCUGUCUAACGUACGAUGGAGACAUCCGUUGGCGUUUUCUGCACCCGGAUCUUGGAUUUCCGUCCGGAAUCGCGUUAUGUAGUGGUCAUAUUUAUGUUGCAUCAUGGGAUAGGGCAACUGUACUCAGAGUUACAUACAACGGUUCUUAUGAAGGGACUGGAAUACAACGAGGUAUACAGUUUCCAUGGAAACUUACGGUUACAGCAAGACACAACAAACUUUUACUAUCACAACAUAAGAACACGCUAUCUCAGGAGGCGAGACGAAUCAUUCGAUUUUUCUCCCUAGACGCAGAAAUGUAAAUUUUAAAGUGCUUUCAGUAUAUGUUUUUUAUCUUUGUUUUUCUCUUUUAAAUCUUAGAGGUUAAAAACCGCCAGUCGUCAUUUGUAGAUAUUGCUUAUUUUAUUUUUUGCAUCUCGGAGCUUCAUUUAGAAAACAAGUGAUCAACACAACAUUUGUCUUCAGCUAGACAUGAAUAUUUUUUUUAAUUUACUAACUAUUGUAAUGAUAAAAUGAUCCGAUAUCACUUCUUCCUUCACCUGAAAGGAUAAUUUCAAAAUUUGACAAAAAUGAGUAGAUACGUCAAGGAGACAUCAAGCGAACAACACAUAAUAUCGUAAGGCAUCUUAUUCUUGGUUCAAAAUACGCUCUUCAACACGAGAAUGAAUUUCAAAUGAAUGUUUUUAGAAGGGAUUGUGACAGUUUCAAAUCAAAGCCUUGUUUUUUUUUAGCUUAUGCUUAAAAAGUUUAUCUUUGUUGGUAAUGUCUUCGUUAUUUAAAUGAAAUCUGUGAUAAAUGAUCAUCAAUUUGUUAUGGAUAUAAUUGUUUUAUUAUAGUCUUUGAAGUACAUUUAUUUCGAUUUUCAAAAAUUCUUUUAUUGCAGUCUUGGAAGUACAUUUAUUUAGAUGAAGUAAAUGUAUUUAGAUUUUCAGAAGAUCGGUAAUUUAGAAGACCUUUUAACGACGACAGAAUAUUUGUCUGAUCAUUGUUAUUUUUCAUGUUACCAUUCGUGUUAACAUGGUUUCGUCUAGUAGUAUUGUAAAGAAAUCUGUGAUAUUUUUUUCUUAUUAAAGAUAAUGAACAUUU